CGACGAUGGACGUUCGAGCCUCAGCUUGUUAUUCCACCAAUUGAUAAAGCAGAUGUUGAGGAAAAUAUGCUAUCACAGAGUCAUGAACAUUGUAGCUCCACCGAAAGUCCUGUCGAAUCUUUUACCAGACGGCUUUAUCCUAAACGGAAAUCAAAAGAUCCUGUAUUGGAGGAGACUGUAGAGUAUUAUGAAACCUGUAAUGUCACAUAAUAAGCUUUGAGCAAAGAAAAAGCAAAAUUGGUGAAUGUAAUCUGAUGAUCUGAUAAGCUAGGGAAAGCAGAGUUGUGUACUUACCCAAACCUCCCGAGGAAAUGAAGCUGCCGUUUUAUUACCCAAAAGUGAAAGCGUAUAGUUUUGUCUACAGCACCAAAAUUAGUGAAGGAGGAGAAGCUUCAGAAAAUUAUACAAUAAGCCCUGAAACUGAAGAGGGUUAUUUAAAACUUGAAAUUAUUCCUUUGGAUCUGAAUGAACCUGCAACAAAAGAUAGUAAAAUGCAAUAUGCGUUGAAAAGUAUAUUUCAUAAACUUUUCAAAUGGUGUAUACAACAGAAAAUCGGCUAUAAGAAAAAAGCAAACCAUGAUGUUCUGGUUCCGAAAGAAACGUAUCAAUACAUGUAUCAAUACAUGAAAGCGAAAUAUGGUGCAAAACUAAUAGCAGAUUGGACUGAAAAGACUGAUCCCAAGAAAUUUGUUUACGAAGAUCUAGCCAUAGCUACUUAUUUGAUCUGUUUAUGGAAAGAAGAAGAAAUUAAAACACAAAGAAAGCAAUCAUUUGUCGAUCUCGGAUGUGGCAAUGGACUUUUAACAUAUUUAUUAGUUAAUGAAGGUUAUAAUGGAUAUGGUAUAGAUUUAGCAGACCGUAAAAUAUGGUCUAAGCUCUGCGGAGGCCAUAAGGGAAUGCUGCGAGUUGAUACAUUAUACCCAUCCAAAGCAACAUUUCCUAACACUGAGUGGCUAAUUGGAAAUCAUGCAGACGAAUUGGUGCCUUGGAUUCCAAUAAUUGCUUCAAAAUCAGGAGAAAGUUGCAAGUUUCUGGUGAUCCCUUGCUGUUUCUACGCCUUAGAUGGGACACGUUCUUUGUCUCUUCCCCUAUCGGAGUCAAUUGGUAAAUAUCGAGCCUAUACCAAUUACGUAAAAGAUAUAGCACAUAAAGUAGGCUAUAUCUGUGAAGAAGAUUAUUUGCGCAUUCCAAGUACAAAAAACAUUGCUCUGAUAGGACGUGUAAAGCAAAGCAAUCUUCAGCAUACUCCAGUUGAAAAUGACUUCUCUAAAGCUUUGCAGGUUGCAAGCCAAACAUUCGUGCCUCGUAAAACCGACCGACAAAAAGAAGAAGAAAGGCAGGAGACCUCAAAAAAACCAAAAUUAGAAAAUCGUUCACUUAAUUAAUAAAGGAUACAGUUUCUAUUCAA